AUGGAAAGGUGGGAAAAGCUUCACCACCGAGGAGGCGGGGGCGCAGGAACCGCCGCCGUCGGCAAGUACCACCGCUCCUUCUCCUCCAGCCUCCUCGACGCCGUCUACCGCUCCAUCGACGACGACGACACCUCUGGAGGAAGAGGACCACCAGUCGCCGCCUCCGCCGCCGCCGCUCCAAGGCGGCGAGAGCUCCACCGAGCGGCGGCGGCGGCGCCGCCCUCCGCCGCCGUCUGUGACCACCACCUGUGCCGCUGCAGGAACUAUAGGGAGGAGCGGUUCUUCCCAAAGUCGGCUCCGCCGCCGCCCUCCUCCGCCGUCUGGGACCACCACCUGUGCCGCUGCAGGAACCAUAGGGAGGAGCGGUUCUUCCCAAAGUCGGCUCCGCCGCCGCCCUCCUCCGCCGUCUGGGACCACCACCUGUGCCGCUGCAGGAACCAUAGGGAGGAGCGGUUCUUCCCAAAGUCGGCUCCGCCGCAGCCCUCCUCCGUUGUCUGGGACCACCACCUGUGCCGCUGCAGGAAUCAUAGGGAGGAGCGGUUCUUCCCAAAGUCGGCUCCGCCGCCGCCCUCCUCCGUCGACCGGGACCACCACCUGUGCCCCUUCAGGAACCAUAGGGAGGAGCGGUUCUUCCCCAAGUCGGUGCCGCCGCCGCCCUCAUCCGCCGUGUGGAACCACCACUUCCACCGCUGCAGGAACCAGACGGAAGAGCGGUCCUUUCCCAAGUCGGCGCCGCCGCCCCUUCCCUCCGCUGCCGCUCCACCAGCGACAUCGCCAGAAAGGAGGAGGAGGGAAAGCUCGAUCAGGGAGAUUUUCCGGUCGUCGAAGGUGUACAGCGAGCUGAGGAAGGCGAAGAUCCCGAUUUCCCCCGGCGGUCGGCUCACCAGCUUGCUCCACGGCCUGUUCUCCGCCGCGGGGACCACCAGGAAGUCAAAGCCCACCGGAGCAGCGGCGGUGGUGCCGCCGCCGCCGCCUGCCUGCAUGGUUCCCACUCGGCGGGGUGAAGAAAGGAAGCUCGCCGUGGAGAGGGCGGCGGCGGCCGUGGAGGGGUUUCAGGAGAGGAAGAGGGCGGAGGAGGGGGAGAAGGACGAAGAUGGAGAUGACGACGGCGGCAGCUGCUCGAGCUCCGAUCUCUUCGAGCUGGAGAAUCUGUCUGCCAUCUCCGCCCCGGCCACCGGCGGGGAGAAAAGGUUCAUGGACGGGCUCCCGGUGUUCGAGACGACCCGCCUGGACCCCCGUCGCCGUCCGCCACGCUGUUCCUAA